AUGAAAUUCAUUCCGGCAUUCUUUCUUAUUGCGCUUUUGGUGUGUGUCCAUGCGGGAGGGUGGGAUAGCAGGAGCGCGGCUUCGAAGUCUGGAGGACGAGUUUGUGGAAGAUUAUGUUCGGCGCAAUGCAGAAAGAACUGGUUUGUUGGUCUAGUAAGUGAUUUGACGGGACAAUCAUCAGCAUUACCCGCACUGAGGAGGGCAGUGCAAAAAGUGGAGGAAAUUGAAAGAGGUUACCCAAAGGAUGAAGAAGAUGAUGGAGAAAGAGGAGAAUCUGAGGGACAAGGAGAGGCACCUGAGGGGAAGUAA